CGCAACUUCCGGUCACGGUUAGCCCCGCCUCGCCGUGUGCGAGGCCCUGCCUCUGUUUGUGUUUCGUUGGGCGGGGAACCGAGGACUGCGCCUCUGCCGCUCGCUCCGGCACGUCGACACCGUGCUGGAGGUGAAGCUUGUCACACCAGACAGUCAGCCAUUCUUGUCUGGCACACAGUGUCAGGAUUGGUCUCCUUUCGGAUUAACCAGGUCACAGUGAAGCCAUUCCUGUUGAUAACAACAUUGUUGUUGUGAAUGGUGAAAAUAAGGUUCUACAAUUGCAUCUACACGCCUUGCAGGCAGCAGGAACCACAGAAUGAGUGGACAGAGGGUUGAUGUGAAGGUGGUAAUGCUGGGAAAGGAGUUUGUAGGAAAGACUAGUCUGGUGGAGAGAUACGUUCACAAUCGUUUUCUCAAUGGCCCAUAUCAGAAUACAAUUGGUGCUGCAUUUGUAGCCAAGCUCAUCCACGUUGGUGAAAAAGCAAUCACACUUGGCAUCUGGGACACUGCAGGAUCAGAACGGUACGAAGCUAUGAGCAGAAUCUACUAUCGGGGUGCCCGAGCAGCUGUGGUGUGCUUUGAUCUGACUGACAGUAGCAGCUAUGCAAGAGCUAGAUUCUGGGUGAAUGAAGUCCAGAACUGCGAAGAGCAUUGCAAGAUCUACCUCUGUGGAACAAAGAGUGAUCUUGUACAAAAUGAUCGCAGCGCCCGGGGAGUCGAUUAUCAUGAUGUUCAGGAUUACUCAGAUGAGAUUAAAGCCAAGCUGUUUGAAACCUCCAGUAAGACUGGUCAGAAUGUUGAUGAACUCUUUCAGAAAAUAGCAGAAGAUUACGUGAAUAUAACAGCUUUCCAGGUGACAACAGGAGAUGAAGCUGUGAAUUUGGCUGAGAAGAAGAAAUCUCCCUAUUUGUUUAGCUGUUGUCAUCAAUAGCACCAGACUUGCCAAUAUUUUAAGGAGAAAUUCUUGCACAAAUUCCAUGGACUUAAUCUCCUUACUCAAACUGUUGGAAUAAGCUUUCAAGAAUUUAGAGGCUGGAUCAACAUAACGUUGAUGUCUAAAUGAUCUCUGAGCCUCAUACUGAAGUGACCUUUGUUGUUGGAAUACUUCUUUUGAACUCAUCGUGGAGUCCUUUGGAUAAUCUCUACAAACAGCUAACCAUAAGGCAUUUAGAAAGCUCUGAGAUUUUCUGCAUAUUGUACAUUGUUUGCCUUAUUUCGUGAUAAUUUAGUUCUUUUUGUGUUAUCUAAUGAAAACAGUGGCAGAUCUCAGGAGUAUUCAGCACACCAAGCGGGUGCACUCCACCUGUCUUGUUGCUUCACUAGGUUCUAGGACCUGUGUUUCCAUAUCUGGAUUUUUAAACAGUGCAUUAACUUUUUUUUGUUUUGGAGAUUAUUUUCAGCUAGUACUGAAACAGAAUUGGCUAUGUGAGUAUUGGAUGUUGAUGCUGACGAGGCCAAGUAGGAGCUGAGUAGGACAAGUUUGCACUAAGUGUUUUCUUUUUGGUCUUACUGUUCUUCAUUUUGCUAUGCUGUUUCUGAACACGUUCUAACACACAGAGCGUCCCAAAUGCUGUAGAGUUUUGCCCCUCUCAUUGAAGGGAAUUCUACAUUGCUGCUCAAAGGUGUAACACUGACAAAAGCCCAAACGGUCUCUGAUGUACCUAUGCUGCCUAUUUGUCGUGAAUGAAGAGGAAGAGGAGAGGCUGGGAGCUGUUGUGGGACCUGCAGAAUAUGAGAUAUCUGCAAAAUAGGAAAUGCCAUGCUUAGACGACAGUGGUUGCAGUAGGAUUUAAUGCCAGUCCAAAUCUCAGAACACCUUUCUGGGUGCCCUUUACUACUUUUGACUAUAUGAAUUCUAUCAUGUAUGAACCCUACCAUUUACAAGUAGUAGCCUUUGUGCCACAGCCAACAUGUGCAAGUUUCCCUGAAUUAUGAUUAUCUUAGUUUUUGUCAUGUACACAAUUAUUAUGAUCAUUGCAGGCAGCAUUGCCCCAUCGUUCCCGAUACAACUGGCUGUUAACUCUGGGAAACUCUAAUGUUAGCCUUGGUAAGAGGUUAGUUGUUAAAUACUAAUUAUUUCUUGUAAUGCAGGAUACAUUUGGGUAGACAGGAAAUGCUGUUUAUGCCAUCUGUUCAAAUUUAAGGUGACAAUUGAACUCUAGCAAUGGUUGACUUUUUUACUGAAACCUGUGAAGCCUUUUAGUACAAUUAGUUUUUAAAUCAUUUUUCUCCCUUUCUGCCCUAUUGUUCUGCUGUUAGGAAGAACAUUUUCCAAUUGCUUCUGCCUUAGUGACCUAAGGAAGCAAUAUUUGCAGUUACCUCUAAUUUGAUGAAGCUUCCUGAUUUAGUCGCUAUCUGAACACUUGCUGUGCCCAAUUUUCAAUAUGAAAGUACUAAAACUUGUUCUAAUACCCAAGGUGAGCUCAAUGUGGUCUACUUUUUAAUAAAGAAAAUAUAAGCUAAACUAAUAAUUGAAAAUAUUUCAUUACCCAAGAUCAUGUCCUCUGUAUUUAAAACCAAAUUUAGAGAUAUGUGAAAGUAUUUGGAGUUUUAAAUGAAAACAAAUGACAGUUCAAAUAACUUAUUUGUUGGGAGUUUAUGAAAGCUCUAUUUGUUUAACUGAGAUUGAAACUCCCAAUGGCAUCUUUUGUCAUCGUAGCUGGGAUCUUCUCCCUGUUUUGUUGAAUGGCCUUGCUCAAGUUAGAAUAUUAUUAUGAUUUAAAGUUGUACACAUAAACACUUAUUUUUGGAAAUGUCCUUUUGCAGAGUUAACAAGCACUGGUAUAUUGGAAGCUUUGAGGGUCUGAACUGGAAAUAUUAUCAGGCCUUUAGACUAAUUCUCAGGCUGAACAAAAAAUAAUUGCUGAACGUUUGUACAGUAUUCAUGCCCUUUCUGCAGGGGCAGGCAGCCACUUUUAAAAGAGGUAGUUAAAUAUUGCCUCGCUAUUGUGAGCACAUUCACUGAUCAGAAAGGAAAAGGGCUGUGUGGUUGAAAUUCAACUUCAAAUGCAGCAUGAUUGCUCGGGACUAUUAAUCUUUUUCUGAACUUCUAAUUCACACGUUAAGGGUGAUUGAUUUAUGGCUAAUACAGAGGGCAGAGACUGUCUAAUAUUCUGGCACAGCAUGACUGAGAUACUGCUUUCAGAUUGAAGUCAUAUUUAUUCUGCAUGUCCAAAGGAUUGCAGUGCAUUUUGCAGAACGAAUCAGUGCUGUGAAGUCAGUGUAUUUUAUAAUGUAUUGGUCCUCUGAAUAAACCUUAAAACCAGUUAAUUCAGUUGUAAACACUAUGAUCGGUAGCAUUACUGACCAUUCUUGAUUGUGACAAUUCAGUAGUUUUUAUUUAAUGUGAGAAAAGAAUUAAACAUGCAAGGUUUCAACAUGA